GCCGCGAUGCUGGGAGGGGCUGCCGUGGGACCGCUUCAGGCAGAAGGCCUUGGCGGCCGCGCUGAUUACCUUCUGUGGGGCGCUCGGGUCGUUCCUGGCGGGCGGCAUCGGGUGCGCAAUGCUCGCACACAAGUACGCGUACCCGGGCUUUAUCGCGGGCGCGGCCGCGGGCGCCGUUGGGGGCGCGCUGGUUUUCGCCGCGACGGAGGCGGUGUUUGCGGUGCUGAGGGAAGAGUACGGUGAAGACGAUGAUUGGACGCUCGACGAACCUGCGGCUUGCUGCUGCCCUUGGUUCCUCUUUAACUUCGUGCGCAUGGCGUCGGCAUGCGCGCUCGGCGCAGCCCUCUUACCGAACCUCGGGCUGACGUCAGCCAAGGCGGCCGCGGCGGCCGCGACCGGCGCGGCGUUCCCGUUGAUCAUCGGGUUUUGGACCAGGGCGGUCGACUGA